GUUCGUCCUGUACGCGUGCGUGCGUGUGCGCAGGCGCGCGAGGCGGCGGAGUGCGCGGCGCGGGAGCUGGAGGCCGUGCACCGCCAGGAGGAGGCGCGCCUGCGCGAGCUGGAAGACGUGCGCACGCGCCUGGAGCGCCUCCUGCAGGAGGAGACGGCGGCCAAGCGCGACGAGGAGAUCGUGCGCACCCUCCAGGCCAGGGUGCUGGCGGAGGAGUGGGAGAAGCGCGAGGAGCUGGAGCGCCUGCAGGAGGAGCAGCGCGCGCUGCUGGAGGCCGAGCGGCGCAAGCGGCUGGAGUUCGAGCGCCUGCAGGAGGAGAAGGAGAGGGAGCUGCGAGAUGCGGAGACGCGGCUGCGCCAGCUGGAGGAGGAGCGGCUGCGCUUGGACCUCGAGCUGCGCUCUGCGCACGUCAAGGCCACGGCGUCCGAGGCCUCCAAGGAGGUGCUGGAGGCGAAGCUGCGGGUGAGUACAGCGCUCAGACGAAAUGCCGUCUCGAGAUGCUCAUGUAUAGUUGGAGCAAAGAGUUGUGGCCGCUGCAAAAGAGGGAUUGGUUAAGCAAAAAAUGAAAAUAGUUGUCUCAGUAAACAAGCAUCAAAACAGCUUUAUUUUAAAUGUGACAUUUCACAUGCAAGGCUUAAUAAUUGUCACAUUUUCCAAUUUUUCAAGGUAUGAUCUUAUGCUUUUCUCCUUCAUAUUUUUGCCAGUUUUGUUCUGUUUUACAACUGAGCUUAAAUAGCUUAAGCAGGUUUUAUUCUGUUAGUCUUCAUCAGAUUAGAUGGCAUGUAGGCUAAUAGAAAUGUUUCACAAGUACUGAAGAAAAGUGUUCUGUAAAUUAUGAUGGAUUUUACUCUUGUCAUUGUUAUAUCUACUAUAUUAUUUAAUAUAAAGAAUAUAUUUUCGCAAGCUGUGUUUCUUUGUUCAUUGACUUAUGAAAUACUGUCAUACUAAAAUAAUCAUUCUCAUUAAUUCUCUCAUUUGUAAAUAUUUCUU